UUAAUGGAUCGUUUCACGGCUAGCUAGAGUACUUUGAUAUAAAUGUUAUAUCUUUACACUGUGUGGUUUGCUACGUUCAUGGUGUUUAACCUGAUGUUAUUUUACACACCGAAACAGAUACAUAGUUGGGAAUAGAAAUCAAAUUAAAAUUGAAUGACAACAACUAUGGCACAGAAAGAUUGUUUGAUGAUAGCGAUAAAGAAGAACCUUCUGCUACUUCUAACAUUGUUAGGCGUGAUAUGUGGAAUAGGUAUCGGGUUUGCUGUCAGAUCAAGCUCUCCAUCUAGUUCCGUAUUAUUAUGGCUUGGUUUACCAGGUGAACUGUACUUGCGACUUUUGAAAAUGAUGAUAGUUCCUCUGAUAGUCUCCAGUGUUAUAACAGGAACUGCGUCACUUCACCCAAAAGCCAACGGAAAAAUCGGAAUUGUUUCCUUUGUUUUUGUAUUUAUUACAAAUGCCUUAGGCACAGGUCUUGGUGUUGUAUCGUUCUACGUUUUACGACCCGGUGUUGAAAGUGGAAAAAGCAAUGUUCAAUCUGCAUUGGAAACGAAACCUAUGGAGACGCAAGAUAUAUUUGCUGACAUGCUUAGAAACAUUAUCCCUGAUAACUUAUUCGUGGCAACUUUUCAACAAACGCGGACAGAAUACAAAUAUAAGGACAUAGUAAACACAACGUCAGGGAAAUCAUCCUUUGCCAUCGUAGGAAAGACGCUAGGAAGCAGCAGUGGACCAAAUUUACUCGGUUUAAUUUUUGCAUGCACUUUACUCGGAAUGGCAACGUCAGCUCUAGGUAAACAGGGAAGACCACUGAUAGAUGUUUUAGAUGCAUUAACCCGGGUAGUUAUCAUCAUUAUCCGGUGGUUACUAUGGACAACCCCUGUGGGGGUCCUCAGUCUAAUUCUUGUGCCUGUAGCUGAACUGGAUGAUGUUGGAAGUGUGUUUCGUGACCUUGGACUGUUUAUUUCUGCGGUUGUAGUUGGUUGUUUUGUUCAACAGAUCAUUGUUAUGCCUUUAGUUUUAUUUGUGCUAACACGACGGAAUCCUUUCAGACAUAUGUCGGCAAUAUCAAGAUCGUGGUUGAUAAGUUUUGCUGCUUCAAGCACAGCAGUUGCCAUACCAGAAAUGUUGACAAGCUGUGAAGUAAAGUUAGAACUUGAUAAGAGAAUUACAAGAUUUACCAUUCCUUUCAGCGUCACAUUGAGUGCAAAUGGAAGUGCUGUAUUUAUUGCAUGCUCGUGUUUGUUUUUGUCAAAUAUUUCCGGAAUACCAACCACAACUGUCACCGUCUUAACUGUUUGCUUUCUGACAACAAUGUCUGCUUUGGCGAUUCCGUCAGUACCAAGUGCAUCAAUUGUUACUAUCGUGAUGAUUCUGUCAUCUCUUAGUAUUCCCAUCGAACCAAUUGCCCUUCUUCUUGCCGUUGAGUUUUUCCUAGAUCGUGUUAGGACUACCAGUAGUGUUGUCAGUCACACAAUGUGUGCAGCUGUAACCCAUCACAUGUGUAAAAACAUGCUGGAUGAUAUAGAGGUCAAUGAUGAUAUUCAGGUGGAAAUAACGAGUGAGGAAAAUCAGAAAAUGCUGGCAGAAACUAUGGCUAUCGAAUUGAACGGAAACAUUGAGAAUAAUGAUAAAUAGUUAAACAAAUAAUACAAAAAUUAUGAGAGCAAUUUUGCUCACGUUUUUUUUUUAUUUAGAUAUUGCUUAAAAUUGAAUAAAAGCAUCCAGAUAAUACAUUGUAUAUUAUAUAUACUCGUAUAUUUUUGUCUUUAGUUUGAUGUAAGAGGAAUCAAUAAAUGCGGUAAUGAAGCAUUUAAAAGGAUAUUUUUAUUUAUGAUUCAGUGUUCAAUGUAUAGCCAUGUUAACUACAUUUUUGUAAAAGAUUGAAGAUGAUUUAUUUGGCUAUGUAUCUGAAUUAACAUUACAUAUUUUUGACCAACAUGCGAUUAGUUUUCUCUUCAAUAUCUAAAGAUAGCGGGUUACAACAGUUUCUCCAUAUAUCAUAGAGUUUGGGGCUGAUUUUUUACUCUUAAAAUAUACUUAAGAAUUUAAGUUGUAUACAUUCAUUAUAUCAUAAUUUCCAAAGCUCAUAUUUUAGAUCCGUAUAAAAGAAUAGGUUUGAUUGUUUUAUUGAAAAUAUCAAUCUGUAACACUUCGGAUGAUCACGUGACAAAAAUCGUACAAUGGACUCAUAAAAUGGUGUCCUGAACUCUCGGUUUAAGUAGAAAAAUGUUGCUUUGGAUGAUGAGUACAAUGGGGGUAAAGGUAAUAAAAUGCGUUGUUUUCAGUAAAAGAAACGCGCUAUGAACAUAAUUUGAAAUGACCUCUUGAACUUUGUAUUGUAACGGUUAGCUUCCAAGUAUCACAAUAUUUUUUAUAAAUCAAGAGAGUUUCGUAAUUUACCUUCCCUCUUAGCUGAAAUAAUAGUAUCAUAAAGUAAGAUAAAUAAUUUUAAAAAGUCUGUAUAUCAUAUGUAUUUUCACUAUCAGGUAUUAUAAGUAUUGUAUUUAUAUUAAUAUUAUUAUCAAAAAAUGGUGUAAACCAUUUAGAUGGAGAAAAAACAUUAAAGGCGAAAGAUUUUUAUUGCUGUUUUGUUAAAGAUAAAUGUGUCUACAUAUCUGAUUAAACUUAUGAGUGUCAUCAAGUGUGAAUGAUCCCAUAUAUAAAUUUAUUAAUUAUUCUUCCGUGACACAUAAAUAGAAGCUAUUUACUCUACGUCAAAAGCAAAGUAUCAACCAUAUAGCAGACUUUAUCGUGUGGUGUAUUUAACUUUCCUUCAUCCACCAAGAAUAUUAAAAAUGAUGAAAAAACUGGUUAUUCAAAAAUUUACUUUGCACUAUAAAAGUAUCUUUAAAACUGCUGAAAAUUCGAUUCGAUUAUUAUAAGGAUUCCACAGUGUAAUUUUAUUGACAUAAAGAGUCUUUCUGUCUCAGAUUUGUGUAUCUUUUGAUCACUUGUGUGCAAUCUUUAAGUCCAUUCCAGAAUCCAAAAUAAUAUUUUUAUUGUGCAAAAUGACUCAAUAAUGAACAGGCUUGCAACACUUCAAUAAAAUCGGAC